AUGCAUAUCUUGCCGGCUCUUUUAGUCCUGUCGGCCAUUCCUUUUACAUAUGCUGUUCCUGCAGGCUCUAGCAUAACUCCUCCACCGCCCCUGCAACCCGCUCAAUGUGGUCUUCGCUCCGAUUCCCGCCGACCGUGGACUCGAGUCCGCGAUUGGGUCAUUGAAUCAGUCUGGGGACUCAGCCAUGACCGUUCUUUUCAUCGACACGUAACAACUCCAUCUCCAAAUGUAUGGGACCGAUAUGAGACAGAUGUCGUUCUUCGAUUUACCUUGAGUGAUUCUGGCGACGCAGCAGCCUUGGCAGAGGCUGCUCAAGCACUGGUGUUGGAUGUAUGGGCUGUUACUGCAGAGUUUGUAGAUAUCCGGUUAGCAGGUGAUAUGAUCCCCUCUCUGCUCCAGCUUCUUCCACCAUCGCUCCACAUGGCCCACCACCCCCUCAUGGAUGACUUAAUCGAGAUGAUUUACGCCACUUACCCUAAACAUCAUACCACAGACCUCAGGACCGAGUCUGGGCUUUUGUCCAGAGGGAGUCAGACUGUAACGAACGGCGACGUCUUCUUCCGUGAGUUCCAGCCGCUCUCUGUGAUUGUACAAUGGAUGCGGCUGAUGGCGUCCAUGUUCCCUACACACGCUCGUUUUACCAGUAUCGGAUUAUCGUAUGAGGGCCGUGAAAUUCCAGCCCUGCGCUUGGGGAACCACGAGUCGAAACUUGCGGGCCCUCGCAAAACAAUUGUCAUCGCUGGUGGCCUCCAUGCGCGGGAAUGGAUCGGUACCUCAACUGUCACAUACGUAGCCUAUAAUCUCAUCACUCGAUAUGGUAGUCUCAGACCUGUCACGCGCUUGUUAGAUGAGUAUGAUGUGGUCCUGAUCCCGACUCUGAACCCAGAUGGGUAUGCCUACUCAUGGGAGCAUGACCGACUAUGGCGCAAGAACCGGCAACCAACAGGCUUGCCAUUGUGCCCGGGAAUCGACCUCGACCGGUCCUGGGACUUUGAAUGGGACGGCGAGUCCACUCGCUCGACCCCAUGCUCUGAGAACUACGCGGGUAGUGAACCAUUCGAUGCGAUUGAAUCACGUCGCCUUGCCCAGUGGGCGUUGAACGAGACCGCUGGUGGCCAUGCAGAGAUUGUCAGCUUCCUGGAUUUGCACUCAUACUCUCAGCAGAUCUUAUACCCUUAUUCUUUCAGCUGCUCUUUCACGCCACCGACUCUCGAAACUCUCGAAGAGCUGGGUCUUGGUCUCGCCAAGACAAUCCGGCAUUCAUCCCAAGAGCCAUAUGAUGUGACUUCAGCUUGUGAAGGUGUCUUGCGUAGUUCCUCCACCUUUACUGCUGGCGGUAGUGCAUUGGACUGGUUUUACCACAAUUUGCAUGCAACCACCUCCUUCCAAAUCAAAUUGCGUGAUCGUGGUAGCUAUGGAUUCCUCUUGCCAGCGGAACACAUUAUUCCCACAGGCGAGGAAAUCUUCCAGGCUGUCUUGACACUAAGUGAUUUUGUCCAAGAUGAGAGUCUGACUCCAAGCUUUGAGACCGAAGCUUCAAGUGAUCAACAACUUCUGGUUUGA